UUUACAAGUUUUGACGGCAGAAACAGUAAAAUCGGACAGUUACAGUUGUCUCUUGUUUUUUCAUCAUUUAAAAUUAUUGUGUUUUUAUGACACUUCGAAAAUGCACACGGCUGAGUUUGAACACUUUUGUAACUUUUACAUCAAAUGGAAACUUGCAUGGGCCUGACAGGCUGUCAUAAUCUACAGAUCUACACGGUGGUUCUUGGUUUAUGUCUCAACAGAAUUAUUAACCCGGAUAUUUUCAGGCAGGUCGUAAAGAUGACUUUUCGGAGUGGGUCUGGAGAUGACCUCAACCUCAGUCUGACGGGAUCUCAGAUUGUCACACCAGGAAAACGAUCUUCGUCAUCUCACCUCAAGAGACCAAACUCACUGGUCGAUGUCCGGACGUCCAAGUCAUCAAAUCAUAAAUACACAUCUGGUUGUGAGAGUGAUGCAGAAAAACGAAUGUCCAGCCGAACAAGAAAUCUGAGUUCUGGAAUGCCACCUGCCAGUCAAAGAAGUGUGUCAAGUGCAGGAACCGCUUCGGCUCGGAACUCCACCAGAAAACCAAAGACGAAGGAGACUGACUUCUUGGCCUUGUUUGAGAGUUCGCACCAGCCAAAGAUACGCAGUCGGCCAGUGUCGGCCUCCAGCAUAAAAAACAAAAAACCGGCAGUAAAUGCAUCUAAACUUCUGUGGGAGCAGUCGUCACAGGGUAGAAAAUCAACCGGUGUUCCAAAUAGUUCUCGGAGUAAUACCACGUUAGAUACCACGUUAGAUACCGACCGUACCGAACCUCAUAAUAUCUUCCGUCCAGAGACAGUGAGCAGCAGUUCCGACGAGGAGGACAUCGAGGAGAGUCUGUCUCGCUCCAUCAACAAACUGCAGAGUCUUCAGAACCAGCUGUCUGGCGUGAACCGAAACAACUCAUCUCACGAUGACGGCGACGUCCUCAACAGCCAGCGAUCGGACACCACUCCGAGGAGCACGCCGCUUGUAAACAGCAUCGCCAAUAACAUGACGAGCCAGGGCCUGCUGCCAAGGUCCAGACCCUCGCUGUCGUCAAUGGAGAACUCGUAUCAAAAUAUCAAACCCAAAGCCCCGGUGAACCAGGUGAGGAAGUCUACCCCGAACCAGGUAGCUAAUCAUCAAGUGAAUGACAUUUCCAAAUCCUCGUCCAAUCAGGUCGGCCUGAAUGUGGCGGAGGAUUACAUUAAGACGUUGAAUAGCUCGGCAGUGAAGAUCCAGCUGUGGUUUCGCCGGCACCGGAAGCGGAGGCUGGCAUGCGAGGCCGCUCUCAAGAGGAUGCUUGAUCACAAGAGACAGGAGCGGGAGGAUAAACAGCAGGACGACAAGAGACUUUCAUUGCUGGAGAAUGGCACCGCGGAGCAGAGUGUCGAUAGGAAACAGAUGAGAGAAGAACGAGCUAAAAGGGUUCGACAACAAGCAAUACAGGACCUUCACAAGAGACGGGAGGAGAGAAGGGAGAGUGUGAAACAGAAGGCCGAACAGGAAGUGGCCUAUCUCCAGGCUAGUGGUAAGAUCACCAAGAAUCCGUCCAAGGCGAGGAUGAUGGGCAGUAAGAAACCAGGCAAGUCUGAUGUUAAGAAGGACGCGUCGCGAGAAACUGCAACACCUGAGGAGAGUCCACGCAACAGGCUCGAUACGCCACAAGUCACAUCAGAGUCGUCGCCCCGUGAGAACGGUGCAGAAGCUGCUCUUGUGUCGGCACGAGAGUCGGAGAACCCGGGUAAAUCCCAGACUCGCACGACGCUCAACGACCUGUUUGACACACUCAAGAAGCUGGAGGAGGAGGAGACGUUUGUCAGCGCGCGGCAGGAGAAGAAGAAUUCCUGGUUGGAAGACCUGACAAAGAGCAGAGAGGUCGGGGAAUGGGGCGACACAAACCUGACGAUGGAAAAUCUCGAGAAACUGAACUCACCUAAAGACGGAUUGAGUAAAAGUGGUUUUCUAACGGACGACAAGCUUCAGAGUAUUAUGUCCUUCCUGGAUGAGGUGCAGGUUAACGAUCGCCUCACCGAGAUAGACUCUGAGAUCAACAAGAUGAAUGAACAGCUUGAUAAACCGGCUCUGGUGCUGCCCUCUGGUGAGGAAAUAGCUCAGAUGGAGCAGGCACAGGCGGUGGCGAGUGAAGUGACAAGUGCCGUCUUGUCGCAGCGACUCGAGAUAGACGAGAAGAAACGCACCAUCACCAUGCUGCAGAAAGCCCUGAAUCAACAACGUGAGCUGACUGUGAGACACGCCAAGGAGACUGAGAAGGAGAUGAAACGAAGACUCGACCUGCAGAAAGACGAAUAUGAAGAAACGGUGAAACGCCACUUGUCUUUCAUAGAUCAGCUGAUCGAGGACAAGAAGACACUGAGUGAGAAGUGUGAACAGCUGGUGAAGGAGCUGAAGGAGAUCGACAAGAAAUACCGAGACAAGUUCAAGUCCAUGGAAGAGAACCAUAGUAUUGAAAUUAAUAAAUUAAAAGAAAUCUCAGCUGCAACUGAGAAAAUCAGGAGAGAGAAGUGGAUUGAUGAAAAAACUAAGAAAAUCAAGGAGAUGACGGUGAAAGGCCUGGAGCCAGAGAUCCAGCGGUUGAUCGCGAAGCACAAGGGCGAGAUGAAGAAGAUCAAACAGAUCCAGGAGGCUGAGUUGCUGGAGGCGGAUGAGCGCGCGGCCCAGAGGUACGUCAAGAUGACGGAGGAGCUGAGGAACCAGCUAGCCGAGGAGAAAGAGGCGGCGUGUGCGCGGGAACGACAGCUCGCCAUGGAAAGGUACGAGAAGCAGCUGCAGCAGGAGGAGCAGGCAUACCAGCAGCAGCGGCGCCGUCUGUACGCUGAGGUGCAGGAGGAGAAGGACCGGCUAUCCCAGCAGGCCAUGCGGCAGCGCACUGAGCUCGACAAGCUGCAGCAACAGCUGGAGGACAGCCACACGCACGCACUAGAAGCCAUGAAGCUGGAGUUCGAGAAGGCCAGGGCGGAGCAGGACAACAGACACUCGACUGAACUGCGUGAGUUGCACGAACGUCUGAAGUUGGAGAAGGAGUCGUGGGAGGAGAACUACAUGAAGAAGAAGGAGACGUGGCUGGCUCAGAAGGAGCGCGAGUUGAAGGAGAUGGUGCGGAAGGAGCGGGACCAGGAGAUCGACCUGGUGAUCCGCAGACUAGAGGAGGAUGCCACUGCCUCCAGGGAGGACUGUGAGAGAACAGCAGAAAACAAGAUCAGGCGGUUGCGAGACAAGUACAACUCUGAAGUGCAGGAACUGGAGAGAUCUGAGAGAGAGGCUGUUAAAAAAUACAGUGAGAUCAAGGCCGCGAUGACCGAGGUAGAGGCUGAAAACGAGCGACUGAAGGUCAUCAUUCGGCAGAAAGAUUUAGAGCUGGCAGACAACAAGCGGCUGACUGAAAAGCUUCACGAGGAGCGCGGCCAUGUGUCGGACAUAAUCCGUCAGGAGUUUGCCGACCGCAUUGUGCAGACGGAGGAGGAGAGCAGGCGCGUCAAGAUGGAGAUGGCCGAGCUGAAGGCGAAACACCGCGUCGAGCUGGACCGGGUGAAGAACGACGCUGAGGACCUGCGCAGACAGAAGGAUGAGGAGCUGGACGAGGUCCACAAGAGAGUGAAGCAGGCGAUAUUGAAGAAAGAAGAAGUGGUGCAGCAGCUACGACAGCAAUAUCAGGCUGCCACGAAGCGAGCCGACCACUUGGAGGGACUCUUAGAACAACAGAGAAAACAGCUGCUGAGGAAAUGAUGUCACUUGGUUUAGGUGAACUUACAAUUGUAGUUUUCUAUUACUUGUGAAAGCCGAUCGUCUGGAGAGAAAACAGCUGCUGAGGAAAUGAUGUUUACUAGGUGAUUUUACAAUGCUAUUCUGAAAGCUGAUCAACGAAGAGUGGAAACAGCUGCUCAGAAAAACAAUACCACAUUGUUUCAGUGACUAUAUAAUAUUUUACUACUCACAGAAACGUUGUUGCUGAAGCUUGUAAGACCAACAGCAUUAUUUGUGUGUUACUGCUAACAGUGUCAGUGAUCUGGUGUGGGUAGCUGGUGUUCAUGAUUACUAGUAAUACCCUAUGAAAAUUGCAGAUCUAUCCUGUACAGGAAUAACUUCGAAAUAAUUAUAAUGUAAAAGUAUUUCUUGGACAACUACAUUAGCUUGCCAAGUUUGAAGGUCUUACGAUGUAUAUAUUUGCUUCGUUCGUUGUAUGGAUCAGUGGUUCUUGUAUAACUGGAUUGAAAACUGGAUAAAGCGGAGAAUGCAUGCACAAUUGAAAUGUUAACUAUAGCCUCUCCAUAUGUCACAGCAAGAAUGGUGUAAACAUAGUUUGAAUUAAUUUGUUAAUCUCUUCUCAUAUUUAGCUGGCUUUGUUCUCAAGUUAACAUUGAUCAGUAGACUAUUUUUCGUAAUUUUGAUUUUGGAUAAACAAAUUCUUAUGUUGACCAUUGAUAUUAUAUUGACAUACAGCAGUAACACAAUGUUUUAGUGUCAGUUUGUAGUUAACAAUAUUUUCUUGCCAUCAAUAAAACCACACAUGCUUAUAUAGUACAUGUAUGGGUACAGUAUGUUUUUUUAUUUAUCAAGAUUGUUUUAAAUAUUAAAUAGAAUUUGGUACAACAUCCAAGGGUUUUUGUAUGUGUUUAAAAUGGUUUCUUUUUUUCAAGGUAUCUUGGUAAUAAAUAAAUUUAACCAAUUUUCAGACAUGAUUGUUUUCCGUUAUAAAACGGAUUUCCGCUUUUUAAAUAUAUUGUUACCAAUUUAUAUUUUCCGCUUGUUAAUGUUUAUAUUUUUUUAAUGAGUGGAGCAGUUCACCCUAAUUUAUGAUGCUAGAGAAAACAAAAUUCGCCGGAAUAUACCAAAAAUAGCCAAAUAUUACAAUCUGAACUUCUUGACUGUCCUGUAUUGUGAUUGGCCUACAGUUUCCAAUAGACCAAUGAUUCACUGUGUAACAAGUUGGCAAACAAUUUGCCUUUUAAAAAAAUGCAUCCCGUGUUGUUGAACAUGAAUUCGAUGUGGUAAAGUUAAAAAAGGAAUAAAAACUGGAUGGAAAUUGAAUUGGCUAGAAAAAAAAAAUGUUGAAGGACAACCAAUAAGCGAUUGCAUUCAAAAAAUAAAUAAAGAUAAAUAAAUAAGAUGGAUGCGACUACAUAUCAGUAGUGUGAGUUUUAUUAAUAUUAACCAAAAAAUAAAAACUUACAUCACAUUGUAUUCCUUUUAUUUUUAGAAUUUGUACAACCAGUUGGCUCAGAAGUACUCUGUGCAUAGUCAAUUUUCACACUUUUUCGAUGGGGGGUUUACAGUGCCCUCCAAACCCCCAACUGGAAAGCCAUCUCUCAGUCCGCAUUAACAUUGCUACUGUUCAGUAAAAUCAGAUCUUUUUGGGGUAGGGUGCACAAUCAUGUCUGAAUGUUACAGAUGAAUUUUGUGUAAAUAUUCUAAACUGUUUUAUUACAGUUUAAGAGAAAAAUGGAAAGUUUCAGUGGAAAUGGGAGCCUAUAAUAGAGUUUGGUGCUCAAAUUGCCACAAUCUAAUAAAGACUAUUUUAUAAUGUUUAUGAUUGUGUUAGAGAAUAAUGCAAUUUCAGGUCUCUGGGAAUUGAUAAUUUCCGUUAACUAUUUCAUUAUAUGCCCAAAACAUUGCAGGUAACCAUUUUCAUUUUGUGUAACCCAUAAUGACCAUAUAAUUGAUUUGCUAAAUUUAAUGCACAAACAAAACAACUUCUAUGAGUGUUGAGCAAUAGUUUUCACAGUCAUUAGUGGCCUGAAUGCUCACAGCUUUCUUUAGUACCAACUGGAGCAUGAUUAUUUAUAAACAGGCUUGCAAGCGGGCCCUUAUUUUCCUAAUUUUCCUUAUUUUUUGACAGCAGCCCUAAUAUUCCUUAUUAAAGCUUCAAAAUCCUAAAAAGCCCUAAUUUUUUGGUGAAAAUCCUAAAUUUUGAUUUUUUUUGAUAAAUGCAACAUAAAAUAAGUGUUGGAAUUAAUUAAAUCUAGCCUUAGUAUACUUUCAGAUAAUGAAUAUGUUGAAUUAAUGUAUUUCUCAGAAGACAUCUUGGUGGUUAUCAGCAUCAUAUUCAGCAUGGAUUUGCACCAUAUCAGAUUACUUUAAUCUGGUUGUAUUGAUAUGCUGAAUAUCGCUGUUGAUGACCAUUGGCAUGAUCUUCUGAGUUGGUAAUUAGCUUUUGUAUUUAUGUUCUCCCUGGAGGUGAGUACAGAAUGUUUUUCUUUUAUAUUGAUUAUUGAAUUUCAGUCCUUAUUUUUAUCAAAAAAUUCCUAAAAAUUCCUAAAAAUAGCCCUUAUUUUUUAAGAAUUUUGCCCUAAAAAAGCCCUUAUUUUUCACAAAAUCUUGCUUGAAAGCCUGUAUAAAUCAAAACAUAGUGUGUAUGUAAAAAAAUAAUAAAUAAAUAAAUGUAUUCCUGGGGAUGAUUUUACAAACUUUAUUGAUCAACAAACGUUCUAUGUAUGCAGCUUGAUGAUGUUGUGUUGCAUAGUAGCUUCAGGGCACUUUAUUGUAUAGCGAUGGAAUUGAGUACUUUGAACCAUCUUAUGUCUCCACUUGUUAAAUGACUUAGUGUUUCCAGGAUUGAAUCUCGUAUUAUGUUUAUAUUAUAUGUCAAACGGCAAAGGACGACUCUUAAGAAUGACAUUUAUUUCUUAAAUAACUGACGAUACUAGGCAUCACAAGAUGACAGCAAUUUGUCAUGGGGGAGGGGGGGGGGGGGGGGGGGGGGAUUAUAUUUUCAUUUGAUUUUCAGAUGGGGACCAGGUCAUUAUCUUCAGAGUUUUGGGAGGGGGACAAUUUCUCCUACUGACCCCGCUGCAUCUGACCCCUAUGUAGUAAGGUUGAUUGCCAAACCAAUGAGAAGAAUACUUGCUAUUGGUAGUAACUAGUUUUAAAAAUGUAUACUUUCUUCUUUUUGUCGAGUAUGUAAGACGUUGACCAUGACAAGGAUUUGUAGUUCCAUGUGGUUCCUGAUGGAAAUCCAACCAUACCACUGUGUGUGUAGAUCGGAGUAAUAUUGUAAUGUUUUGUUGAGUAUGUAAGACGUUGAACAUGACAAGGAUUUGUAGUUCCAUGUGGUUCCUGAUGGAAAUCCAACAAUACCACUGUGUGUGUAGAUCGGAGUAAUAUUGUAAUGUUUUGUUGAGUAUGUAAGACGUUGAACAUGACAAGGAUUUGUAGUUCCAUGUGGUUCCUGAUGGAAAUCCAACAAUACCACUGUGUGUGUAGAUCGGAGUAAUAUUGUAAUGUUUUGUUGUGCUUGAAGGGACUAUCAGUAGUUUGCUGCCAUUCUCGAGAGCAUGUUUUUAACACAGCUGUUUUAAUUACUUAAAUUAUGUAUUGUUUAAAAUAUCAGUCAGUAUAUUCAAUGUGUUUCUGAUCAUAAUAAUGUUUGUAUUUGCACAAACUUCAUUUUAUUUCCUAAAGUGUAUUAAUGUUUUUGUAUGUACAGAAUUGUUUGAAGGUAAAAUCCAGUUUGUGCUGCUGCAGACAUGUUGAAUGUACAGAAAUUGAGGUUAUAAAUUUUAAAAUGUAAUGUUUAAUAUGUAAUUUCAGUCAUUAAAAAGGCUCUAUUAGUUGGAAAUAAGUUACAGUGACAGCAGACUGUGGAUCAUCUCUUCAGGGGUGGAUCCAGGAAGUUGUGUUGGGGAGUCGGGGCAAAGAGUAGGACACAUGAACCAACUUUAAUUGAGACAGAAAGGAAGAAGAGACACUUGAAUAGGGGGUGGGGGUGGGGUGGGGGAAUCUGCCUGUCUCUUUAAUAUUAUUUAGUUAGACAUCAUUGUAAUACUUAGUGCUAUACCAAAUUUAGUUGUUUAUUGACAAACGAAUCUGUGAUAUGCAUUCUUUUAUAAUUUAUAUGCACAUGAUAUCAACCUGUAUCAAUACAUAGUUUUCAUUCUGUUUUUACAACUUAGUUUAUUUAUAGACGUUUUUCUUUUUAAUCACUAUUUGCAUCAUUAGUCAAAAACAGGGUCGAGUCAUGUAGAGCUUUUGACCCCCACAAAUUACUUGUUUUAUGUUCAACAUACAUGUUUGUCAAUAUGAUUAUUAGAAAUCUUGAAUAUAUUGUCAAACCUGUCUAAACUUCCUUAAAAUAUUGAACAUGAUAUGAAACUGUUUUUUGAACAAUGUUAAUACAACAACAAGAAGAAAAUAUUUGCUGCAGUUUUAAAAUGUUUAUUUAUACAAAAACUGUAUAGGAUUAUUACAUGGGUGUUGAAUAUUUUAUUUGCUUCGUAAUUUCUUGACAGAUGUAAGACCAAAAAAAUUACUUGGACAGAAAAAAAUUACUAGACAUUUCUGCAACUGAAUGACACCGGACGAACUGUGAAGGACUUUAAUGUGUGUGCCACCUCCCUCCCCCCAACACACACCCCACACACAAACCCCAAAAUAUUUACUUUUUUUUAUAUUUUAAUAUAUAUAUAUAUAUAUAAAUUUUUAAAAUGUUUUUGUCUUCCCCCCCCCCACCCCCCCCCCACCCCCCCCCCCACUAUAGUAUGUACCCCUUCUCACAUAUCGUUCCUGAGGCCCAGAACUGAGAUUGUCACAGAAUGAUGUAUUCAGAUGACAUCAUCAAGCUUUUACUCUUUAUUAUUGGGUUUCUACCUCAUGUUUUAAUACAAAAGCUAUUCAAAUUUAUUACUCAUUUCAUUUCAACUUAUUUUCAUGAUUAUAAUAAGGUUUAAACAUGCUGUCCUGGGCACACACUCCAGCAGAGCACUUAAAAACCAUUUGACUGGUACUGUCAUCUUCUAUCACAUGACGUUCAUCUAACAUUGGGUCUGUGGACAGUGGAUGUGUGUUACUUUGCAUCAGCUUUGUUUGGUGCAGUGCUGUGAGUGUGUUUGCGUUUGGUUUGCAUGUUUGGAAUAUUCUGAAAGCCAUCAAUAUGCAUGCAUGGAGUCUUCAGAUAACCCGGCUACUUGUGGGCCAAGUAUUUACUCCUGUAGCAGUCUGUGCUCCAUGCAGGGAUCAGAAUGGGCCGAAAAUCCAGCAGUUACAAGAUUUGUCAGCCUUAAUGAAAACCUUCCAGACCAAACAUGAUCGACUCGGACUAAUGUGCGACUGUAAAACGUAAAAUAGUUACAAGUCUGACGAGACGACAGGCAAAAAUAUCUUCCGGCCUGUGACGAUGUUGACCAGUAAAAGAAACCGUCUGGACGGCAGAAUUUCGACCACUGUUCAUGUAUCCAUUACAACUUCACUACGCAGAAAAUGCUCAACAGAUGUAGGGCGUUUUCUGCACAUUAAUGAAUAGUGGGCCUAAUAAUAAAAUAAUUCAUAUUUUAAAGUUCAUCAUUGCAAACUGUCAUUUCAAUUUUAAUAUCUACUUGUAAAGAGCUUAAAUGAAUAUUCAUCAACACAUUUAGUAAAAGUUACAUUAUUAUAAGGAAAUUCCUUGGCAUACUGUACUGACAGUGUGUCGUCACAAGCUAUUAGUUUCUGAUUUGAAACAAUGUUUAUUAUGGAUUUAUUUUGAGGAAGAGGUCUCAAUAUUAGAUAGAUUUAGUAUUGUUUAUGCAAAAUGUCACUCUUGAACCAUUGAAACCGAGUAUUAACAGAAUGUAGAGCUAUACAGUAAUCUAGAUGCUUUGGAAAUAGUUGAACACAAGUUUGCUUGCAUUUAGUUCAAUUUAAAAUCAGAACUUUUUGUCAGUCCUAUUUUGAAGUGAUGCAUUUAAAAAAAAGAAAAAAGAAUCUCCGUUUUUUAUUCAUUAUCUUGUCAUUUUUAAAAUGUGGUGUUUCAUGAACCCAUGUUCAAGUAAUACAUUAAUAAAGUUAACAAUAGUUAUAUUAAAGUGAACAAAUGUACUUCGGUAAUUCCAGUACAGAAACAAAUUAACAGAAUACAUUUUCAUCAGCAUUCUUUUGUAUACUUUAUUUUUAUUUUAAUAAUUUUGUCACAUUUUUAGCAUCUUCUCCAAAUCAUUUGUUUUAUUUAAUUUCAUUUGUGCUGAUCAUGUUUAUAUUGAAAAGAUGUUUAUAAUUCAAAUGACAGUUAUGGGCUGAAUUUACAAAGCCUGGGGGUGGGGGUGGGGUUAUUUUCUUACGUGCUUGUAACUACAUGUAUUUAUAAAGCCAAAGGGGGUGUUUCUUACGUGCUUGUAACUACAUGUAUUUACCAAGCUUAAAUAUCCACAUUGGAGAAAAACAGGCUUUGUAAACUUGUCCCCAUGCAUUUACUUCACUGCAUUGAUCAGUUGGUUCUACCCACAUAUCGGAUUACAGGCAGACUACGAUAGUACUGUGUUUUCAUGUGUAUUUAUUGUUGCCAUGUGAACUGGCAGGUCUUAUAGUAUUUUUCAAGUCUGUUGUCGAUAUUUCUUCAUGCAUUUAUAAAAUAUAAUUCAGUGUAGAUUUAAUUUAUUCAUGUAUUAAAAAAAUAUGCACCAUGUAUAUAGCUAGAAUCUGAACUAUACCCAGAAGUGCUCUUUCAACAUCUAGCCUUGUAGACCAGUUUAAUAAAUACAAACAAGCAAA